CUAGACCCUACCGUUGUAAACGGAGAUUAGAUUCGGUGGAAUUCAGUAGUCGUUUUGUAGCGGGGUAACAUGCUCGGACUAAGUGUAAUUUUGGCUUUAAUUCCGGCGGUUGUUUGGGCCGUGAAUCCAGCUCCUUGUACUUUCAAUUCUGGGCCCAUACCCGCAGAAGUCCGAGUGGUAGGAUGUCCAUCGACCGUCCCACAGCAGCCCUGCAUCGUCCCAAUCGGUUCCAUGGUUGACAGCGAAAUUGACAUCGUUCUGGAGCGUCCAACGGCUACACUGACAGCUUCGCUGGAUAUGUUUCUGGGCAAUUUCCGCAUCCCAUGGAGUCUUCCGGAGCACCAACAGAAUGCCUGCCCUGAUCUUAUGCACGGAGCUAGUUGUCCUUUGCAAGCGGGCCAAGCUGUAACCUAUAAUCUGGUGACGGAAGUCUCGGCCCCCUUUGCCGAUGUUACCGUCGACAUGGAAUUGAUGCUUACCGAUGAUCAGGGACUGCCCGUGUUCUGCUACCGUUCACAAGCGACCGUCGUUCAAGCGUAAACGGACAAGUUUUACCGAACUGUCAUUAACCUUUCAUACGGAACUCCGGCCACGAUGUACUACUACCCACCAGCAAAAAUGCAAUCCCUACAUAGCUCAUAGCCCUGCAGUAAAAAGAACAAGUGUUGUGGAUUGAAAA